AGCUCCCUCCUUCUCAAUCAUUAGCUUCUCCUUCUCUUCUCUCACAGAGUAAUAAUAAGCCAAGUGAGAAAGAAACACAAAACCCAGAUCGAAAACCAUGUCUAUUAACAACAACAACAACAACGACGGAGUUAUGAUCUCAUCAAACGGAGCUUUAAUCGAACAACCAUCAUCAGUCGUUGUGAAGAAACCUCCGGCGAAAGAUCGACAUAGCAAAGUCGAUGGAAGAGGAAGAAGAAUCCGUAUGCCUAUUAUUUGUGCAGCUCGUGUUUUUCAGCUAACGAGAGAGCUUGGUCACAAAUCAGAUGGUCAAACAAUUGAAUGGUUACUUCGUCAAGCAGAGCCUUCGAUUAUAGCUGCAACAGGAACUGGUACAACUCCGGCGAGUUUCUCAACUGCUUCAGUCUCAAUCCGUGGAACCAAUUCAACUUCUUUAUCAUCUUCUUUAGAUCAUAAACCCACUUCUUUACUUGGUGGUUCGUCACCGUUUAUACUUGGGAAACGUGUGAGAGCUGAUGAGGAUAAUAAUAAUCAUAGUUCUGGUGGUAAAGAUGAGACCUUUACGACAACACCAGCUGGGUUUUGGGCUGUUCCGGCGAGGCCUGAUUUUGGACAAGUUUGGAGUUUUACAGGAGCUCCACAAGAGAUGUUUUUACAACAGCAUCAUCAACAACAACCAUUGUUUGUUCAUCAGCAACAACAACAACAAGCUGCAAUGGGUGAAGCUUCUGCUGCUAGAGUUGGGAAUUAUCUUCCGGGUCAUCUUAAUUUGCUUGCUUCUUUGUCCGGUGGAUCUCCUGGGUCGGGUCGAAGAGAGGAAGAUCCACGUUAAUGGUGUGACCCUUUAAAGUAAGCCCUUUUAGGUUUGAGGGCAAAUUUGGUAUAUAUAUUUAUUAUCUUCUCUUCUCUAUUGUUGUCAUUGUUUCUCUCUAUGUGUGUGUUUUAGUGUUGUUAGAGAUUGAUUUGGUUUCAGAAUCUCUACAAGUGAUUUGAGAGUUUCGUUAGCUUUAAGUAAGUUAAGAAAGGUUGUUUUUGAUU